AUGAUUCAGAGUCGAGGUCUUGCGGGGGCAGCGCUUUUUGCUGCGCGCCGGCCCCUCAUAUCAUCAUCAAGAUCCCUCGGAUGUGGUCUUGCGUCCUCGCUCCUACGGCAACGACAACAACAGCAGCUACAGCAACAGCAACGGCUCGGCAAAAAUGGCUUUCAACGGUCCGUGAGUACAACGGUCAUGCCUGAUUCAGGGGAUGCUGUGCCCGUUCCUAGUGUCUCGGAAGAGGGUCACAUCACCAAGCAGUCUAAUGAGGCCAUUCUCUUCUUCGACAACAUCUUUCCCCUCAAGCUCAGCAGUGUUGUCGUUCGCCCCUGGAAGUCAGACAACGAUGUCUCCGAUCUACUGAGACGAUUCGAAACCUCUUCAUUGGGAAUCUUAGACCCAAUUCGCCUUGUCAAGACCGCUAUCCCAGAAGAUCUCCCUAUAAGAGUCACGGAAAUUCUGCCUAGAUUGAAAGAUGGAGGCGCAUAUGUCAAGUUCAAAUAUGAUGCUCAAAUGGACCCUGUCGAGAUUGAAGCACAAUUACUGAAACGACUCAAGGAAAAGCCAAUAAAACCUUGGUUCGCUAUCUUUCGUCCAGUUCACGCACGUCUCGUACAAGGCACACCAUGGCUAGAGGACUUAUACCGAUACCCUACCAGCUUUGUCAAGAUCGAGUUUGUUCCUCCGACUCCCGGCACCACCCCUGAAGAGCUUCCCGAAGAGACACUGUACACAUUGUUUCGCAAAUAUGGAAAGAUUGCAGAUAUCAUUCCUCAGCCAACAGAUUCCAAGAUCCUGCCACGAUAUGCUCAUAUCCAGUUUCCUGUAACAAGAGAUGCUAUAAUAGCGCGUAAUUGUAUGCACGGUUUUAUCGUGAGCGAAACCUUGGGUGGCGGCAAAAAUGGAACAAAGCUUCGCAUGUCUUUUGAGAAGCGUGUCAAAGCUCACAGUAUCUGGAACUGGUUGACUAACCAUCCGCGUGUUGUUAUCCCUGCUGUCGCUGCCCUUAUCGCUGGUCUCUCGGUUUUGAUCUUCGAUCCUAUCCGAGAGUUCUUUAUCAAACUCCACAUUCAACACUCCUUGGAGUUCAAGGAUUCUCGGAUCUACAAGUGGUUCAAGAAACAAUCCGCAGACUUGGGAUUGUCGGGUAAAUCAAAGAAUGAUGGCCUCGAGGAAGUCUGGAACCAUCGACGUGACGCAAUCGACAAGAUUGAAGGUUGGCUUGACGAGACGUCUGAUACUUUCAUUGUUGUCACUGGCCCUAAAGGCUCGGGUAAGGUCGAGAUGAUCAUGGACCAGGCGUUGGAAGGUCGCAAGAAUGUCCUCAAGAUUGACUGUAAACCCAUUGUCGAGGCCAGAGGUGAGGCGGGUACUAUCAAGCGCCUUGCGAUGGCCGUCGGCUAUCGCCCUGUAUUCUCCUGGGCAAACAGCAUGAGCAGCAUGAUUGACCUCGCUGUUCAAAGUACCACUGGUGUCAAGGCAGGCUUCUCGGAAACCCUUGAAUCCCAACUCAACAAAAUCACGCAGACAGCAACUGGCGCUCUUAAGGAUGUUGCUCUUGGAGCGCGCAACAAGCGAGACAGCGACUACAAGUUGUCCGAGGAUGCAUGGCUAGAGGCUCACCCUGAGCGCCGACCUGUUGUUGUCAUUGACAACUUCCUCCACAAGGGUGAGGAGAACAGCAUUGUCUAUGACAAAAUCGCUGAGUGGGCUGCGACUGUGGUCCAGAACAACGUCGCUCAUGUUAUCUUCCUUACUACCGACACGGCCUACUCGAAACCCCUGGACAAGGCAUUGCCUGAUCGACUUUUCCGUACUGUUUCUCUCGGUGAUCUUGCCCCUGAUGUAGCAAGGAACUUUGUUCUCAGCCGACUCAAAGAUCAACUCGCCGCCGAUGCGAAAGCACGAAAAGAGAAAGGAGACGAAGAAGCAGAGAAGGCAUUAGCCCCACGACCCAACAUGAUACAGCUUGACCAGUGCAUCGACACACUUGGUGGUCGUCUUACUGAUUUGGAGUUUCUGGCCCGACGUCUCAGACUUGGUCAAUCCCCUAAACAGGCUAUGGAUGAAAUCGUCUCCGAGACAGCAACCGAUAUUGUCCGCAUCUAUCUUCUCGGCAAGCCUUCUGAUCUCGAGGAUAGAAAGUUUUCUUCUCAGCAGGCUUGGCAUCUUAUCAAGUCACUUGCGGCGACCCCCAGACUCCGCUACAACGAAGUGAUUCUUUCUGCACCCUUCUCUUCUGCCGCUCCCGCUGCUGCCUCUAAUGCCGAUGCUGCUAUCGACAGUCUUGUUAGCGCUGAUCUUAUUUCCGUCGAGACGUAUCAAGGACGACCCAUGACGAUCAAGGCUGGUAAACCUCUUCACCAGGCUGCUUUCUCUGUUCUUCUCCAAGAUCGCGUUCUCCGAGCCAAGAUGGACUACGAUGUCAUCAACGACUCAUCAAAGGCCGAGGCUCGAUCAAUCGACAAGGUCGAGAACGAACUGGCUCUUCUCGGAACCCUGCCUAGACAGACUGGAGAGACGGCUGGACGCAUUAACUUCUUGCUCCGCAAGCUUGAGGAUAGCCAGGCCAAAAUCGCCAAAUGGGACCAGGAAAUGACCACAUUGAAGAAGCUUCUCAGCUUGGAGUUUUAA